UCUGCUAGUGAAUUUAACGCUCGUAUUAGCUCUGCCGCCGCCAUUUUUCCAACACCUCAAAACCAUAGACUGUAAGCUCAAAACACGUAACAUAGCCAUAACAUGUUAUGUUUACCUGUUGCCGAGCCCCGCCUUGAUGCAGUGAUUGACAGGGCGGGAGGGGGCGGGGCAGGGGCGUGAUCGGCUCGGAAUGCAUUUUCAAUGUGCACAUUGAAUUUUGCUACAGUCAUUGCGGGAUAUUUAAUGAAAAAUCAAUCGCAAGUGUCUUGACUGAGGAGGAGAGUUCUGGCCUGUCAUAUGACUUAUAUGAGCGCAGGUUUAUUAAGGUCGAGCUUAUAGUGCUGCUGAUCCGGUCUGCCUGCUCAGAGAAACCACCCACUCGUCACCAUGGCUUUCCGCGGUUGUUUGACUAUGUUCUUGAUUCUGCUGAGUGGUAUUGUGUAUGCUCGGAAAACAACUUUCUCUACUAGCGAAGUCUCCCCAGUCAUAACUGGUUCUCCAACUCACUCUGUUCAUACUAGUAGAACAACAGGAGCUCCAACUACUUCAUCUCACAAUACAACCAAUUCUACCUCUGAAGCGCCAACUACCAGCAUUCACAAUACGACCAAUUCUACCACUGAAGCGCCAACUACCAGCAUUCACAAUACGACCAAUUCUACCACUGAAGCGCCAACUACCAGCAUUCACAAUACGACCAAUUCUACCACUGAAGCGCCAACUACCAGCAUUCACAAUACGACCAAUUCUACCACUGAAGCGCCAACUACCAGCAUUCACAUUACGACCAAUUCUACCACUGAAGCGCCAACUACCAGCAUUCACAAUACGACCAAUUCUACCACUGAAGCGCCAACUACCAGCAUUCACAAUACGACCAAUUCUACCACUGAAGCGCCAACUACUGAGCACACUAAUGUUACAACAGCCCCGACGACGACUCCAGUCCUCAACCCAACUGUUGGAAACUACAGUGUCAGGCAUUUCGCCAAUUCCUCAGCCUGUCUUUUGGCAAAGAUGGGCCUCCAGUUCAGCUUCAAAACAAGUGUGAAUGCCAGCCUUCAGACUAUUAAUCUUGACCCUAAUGUAACCACAGCAAGUGGAACCUGUGGAAGUGGUGAUUAUAAUUCUUCUCUUAUGCUGAAGUCGGAAAAAAUCACAGUUCAGUUUAUUUUCACAAAUGUUUCACAAACAUUCCACCUGCAUGCUUUGAUGUUCUCUCUUGAUCUUGGAAAUGAAGGCAUUUUCAAUGAAUCCAAUACUAAUCUGACUCUCUGGGAGGCAUCUGUUGGCAGCUCCUACAUGUGCAAGAAAGAGCAGAGUUACAACAUUUCAGACAAGCUUACCAUCAACACAUUUGAGCUACAAGUGCAGCCUUUUGCAGUCCAGAAGGACAUGUUUAGCACAGCCCAUGAAUGUUCAAUGGAUGACACCAGCCUAUUAAUCCCAAUCAUUGUUGGUGCCUCUCUGGCCGGUUUGAUUUUCAUUGUUGUGAUUGCAUACGUGAUUGGUCGACGAAGGACCUAUGUUGGAUAUCAGACGCUGUAAUGCACCAAAAUCACAAUCAAGUGUUUCAAGGGACACAACCUGUUCCUGGACCAUUGAAGAUCAUUUUUUGUAUUUGUGCAGUCUCUAUUGGCAACUGAUUUGUGGCCACAAAAGUAAAGUUAUUUUGUCCUUGUGUGGUCAAUAAAUCCACCAACCCUUAAACUGCAAAACAUUUAAAAUCUGAAUAUACAGUGGCAUUCCAGGACCAGGACUCCCUAUUCCCAAUACUCCUGUUUUUGUCAUGUGUUUGUUGCUUUCACCGUUUUGUUUUGAGAAGUGCAUGGUCUUUCCUUUUUUUGGGGGCCUUUGAGCCAGUAAUUGUUAUCGGUGCUCUUUAAUGCAAAUUAGUGCUACAGUCAUCGGUCUUUGUACCAUUAUACUAUUAAUGACUUAAAACAAAAAUACAAUUUCUUUCCAUAACCCUAGGUCAUUGAGACCAUUCAAUUGUUCACACUGCUCUGCAUCAGACCCUGCACUUGCUUCCUUUUUUAAUUUUUUUUUUGUUUUCUUUAAUUCAUGCUCAUUCGAUAUCUUGCAUACAAAUUGUGUCGGAGACUGGUCAAAACUACAAUUGUUUUGUAUUUGCUUGUUUUGCAGUGUUUAGGUUAAAUAUUAAGUAAUCUCCGAGUUUGUUACUCUGUACUAUAGUGAUGGGACAGGGAUGAUCACACCUCACAUUUAUUGAGAUCAGGUGGUUUUGUAUUAUGUAAGCAGGCCUAUGUUCAUAGCUGCUGUGUGGUGAAAUUGCUACAGAGAGAACCUCUAAACAUGCUGGCCAACCAGUGACAGCCCUUGAAAUUCUAGAACAAGAAAAUGAAUGAUUACUACUUUAAAUGCUCCCAAGCAUUUCAGAAAAGCAGACUGACAUAGAAGUGCAGUGGUAUUUUUGACUGCCUGCAAAGCAAAGAAAUGCUUUCAAGCAUUUAAAUCCUGUUACUGAAUACUUUAGAUGGGGUAUUUGGGAACCCCUUUUGUUUAGUUUUUAAAGGGAAUACUACAGAUUAAGAAUGGAUCAUAUCCGUACUCAUUAACUUCCAGAUAACUAUUGUAGUCUGAAUUAUACAUGCUGCUUAUCGCAAACUGUGAAGUUGUAUUUGCUAAAUGAGGAAUUUUUCAUCUCUUUGAACCCUCUUGUCUAGAGUUGUAGUGGCUUGAAUAAUUUUGAAUGCAUAUGCAAGUUUGUUUUUUUUCAUGUUACAUGGAUUGGAUUGGUUUGGCUUUUCAGAGUAAUAUUCUUUGCUUUUCUUGUGGUCCUUGAUAUUCUUAUCACAAAUUGCAUUUUUGCCUGAUUAUUGUCACUGCUUCAGUUUUAUUUAUUUUUUUGUUUUUCACUGUUCAUGCACUUCUAAUUUAGGCUAUGCAAUACCUGCACAGAAUCUGUUGUAAGUUUGUUAUUUUUUUCCUCUGCACUAGAACCAAGACAUUUCAUUCUCAAGACAGGUUACUGGUAUAUGUGUGCCUUGCUUAUUGAAAUUACUUUGCUUGCCCUCCAAUCAGUUACAAAAUAUAACUUGCUCAAUGAAGUUGGAUUUUUAAGAUGUUUUCUGAAUGCAGACUUGAUUUGUGUAAAGGGACUUUUUCUGACUGCCCUAAAACUUGAUGUGUUUAAUACGAUUUGUUUUGCAAAUGAAAAGACUGCUUUGUCAACCUUUUAAUGGGCUUUUAGCUGCAAUAAAUGAAGAUGAUUGUGUAUACAUUGAACUAGUGUGUGCCAUCUUUUCAGUCCUUUGCAGAAAUUACCAUGAAGUUGUUUAGAGUUGUUAAUACAGUUUUAUUGUAUUUUGUCCCAGUUAGGUUUCAUGUAUAGAAUUAAUUGUAUGAUACAUUUUCCCCUUUUAGUUUUCUCUUGUGU